UUAUGCAGAAGUUCGAGCUGAAAGAAGGCGAGAUCUUGGCCUUGAAGAGUCAUCAAUUGAAUUGGCAUCCUCUUCUCUAAAGAGCCACAGCAGCUACCUGGACGUGGGGCAGUGCGGCAGCAGCCAGGACGCCAGCCGGGAGGGAGUGUCGCAGUCGUCCCACAGCUCCCGGCGCUCCUCGCACACCGCCCUCUCCGACUCCGCAUCCACAUCAUCCACGCGACACACGGACGCCGGCACGCCCACCCGGCCGUCGGUGCCGGUGGGGCAGGCAGAGAAGGCAGCCCUACGGCUGGCAUCGGCUGGAAGCACUCAGGUCGUGUACCAUUUCCCGACCCAGCUGGGGAUGAUGCACCAGCUGAAAGAGCAGCUGGAGGCGAGGACACGCAUACUGCAAGCUGACAUUAAGACACAGCAAGAAGAGCUCCAUGUCAUCAAGGAGCAGCUCCAGCUAGUGCAGGACUCCAACCUGCAGAUGCUGAUGCAGCAGCCGAUCCCCGUUGUCUUUAACAACGUGCAGCACCCGAACCCCAGUAGGCCGCCGCCACCGGGGACGUCCAGGCAGACCACAGCCAAGAAGUCGCAGCAGCAAGGCCUUAUGGGGAUGAAGCACUACUGCGGCACCCGCCUGCCGUCACCGCGCCAAUUCCUCAGGGACCCCUGUGGCACGGCCACCCAGGCACAUCCCAUUACAGUGGCUGCACAGAUGCCGGCUGACGGCAGCGAAAGGCAACCACAAUCUGAAUACAGCCAGGACAGGAGCCUCAGGAUGCUGUUGGAUCAGUCUAUCCAAGCCAUGAUGCCCGCCGCCAAUGGCAGUGGCCAGUCUACGCAGAGCGGUGCCAGCAGGCAGCAAGGAAAAUUCGUUGCAGAGCAGCAGAUCUUGCCUCCCCCAAUACAGAUGCAACCGAUUACCUGUAGCACCGUCCGACCUCCAGCCCCGUCGCCCGUUUUCUCCCCAUCUCUGAUGAUCCCACACACCAGCUUCACAUCCCACCAGGCAAACACACCGGUUCAUCUCCACCAGUGGCCACAGCAACAGUUGGCCACAGCAACAGUUCAGCAGCACCGUCUCUACCUUCAGAUGCAAGCUCCUGAGCCGGUGCCUGGGGGUCCGACACAGCGCAUUUUCCAGCCCCCCCACACCCCGCAGCAGAACCCCCUGAGCUACUUCCUCCACCCGCAGCAGCAGAGCCGCCACGCACAGGGCCAGGCCUGCAACCUGCCGGACCUGCCCGAGAUGCAGCUGCCCUGA